UUUCGUGUGAACAUACUUGUCGGCAGAGAUGCCGUGAACAGUAAUAUUUCAAGAAGUUGAGCGUGACAUCAUCGAUGCUAGGAAUAUACAAUUUAUUGAAGUCACAAUAAAUUUUUGGAAGGGGGUAAAAUGUCAAAAGAUAAAAAAAGCACGGUUUUAACAGCCAUUGUCAUUGGGGCAGGAAUGCGAGGUGCUGUUUAUUCCCAAUAUGCACAAAUGUAUCCAGACAGGCUGAAGAUUGUUGGAGUAGCAGAUCCUAGAGAGUAUUACCGCAGGAAGCUUCAGCAACAGUUCAGUAUCCAGGAGGACAACUGUUUUUCAGAUUGGAGUGAGGCAAGUCAGAGAGACAGGAUGUCGGAUUGUGUUAUCAUUACUACACCAGAUCGUCUUCACAAGGAUCCUGCUGUUGCUUUUGCAAAGAAAGGCUACAACAUACUUCUGGAGAAACCGAUGGCGGUGAAUGAAGAGGAUUGUCGUGAAAUUGUCAAGACUUGUACGGAAAACAGUGUGACGUUGGCGGUGUGUCAUGUGUUGCGAUAUACACCGUGGGCAAACAAACUCAGGGAACUCAUCGACAGUGGCGUCAUCGGGGAGGUGGUUAAUAUCAACCACACUGAACCUGUUGGUUACUGGCACUUCGCACAUUCCUAUGUUCGUGGUAAUUGGCAUAAUGAGGCCAAAAGUUCCAAUUCAUUGUUAGCGAAAUGUUGCCAUGACGUCGACCUGAUAAACUUCUGGAUGGCAGACAGGCGUUGUACAAAUGUAUCCUCAUUUGGACAUUUAAGCCACUUCAAUAAGGAGAACAAGGUAGGGUUUUGGCAUUUUGCUCACUCGUUUGUGCGGGGAAACUGGAAAAGGGAAGACCAGAGUUCAUGUUCACUCUUACAAAAGUGUUGUCACGAUGUGGAUCUAAUUAAUUAUUGGAUGCCGGGGAAGAAAUGUCGCAGGGUCUCAUCUUUUGGGUAUCUCAGUCACUUCACUAUAGCAGAUAAGCCCCGAGGAGCGGCCAGCCGUUGUAUGGAAUGUCCAGCUAGUAUAGAAUCCCAGUGUCCUUACUCGGCUAAAAAGAUCUACCUUGACCAGAUUAAAAUGGGACACAAUGGUUUCCCGGUUUGCGUGAUAGCAGAAGAGCCGUCGGUAGAGAGUGUGACAACGGCACUUAAGACAGGUCCAUACGGCGUGUGUGUCUACGACAACGACAACGACGUCAUGUCUAAUCAGGUGGUGAACAUGCAGUUUGAGGGCGGAGCUACAGCCACUCUAACCAUGAUGGCCUUCACUAAGUCUGUCUGUACGAGAGAGGUCAAGGUCUACGGUACUAAGGGACAGCUGUCCUGUACUGCGACUGGCAGUCCUGUAAUCCAGCACUUUGACUUCCUAACUGGACAAAGCCAUGAGUAUCCAGCUGAACCUACAAGGGUCAGAGGGAUGUCGGGACAUGGUGGCGCAGAUUUCCAUUGUAUACAUUCCUUUAUCAGUAGUGUGGCGAAUGAUAACAAGGAAAACAUCAUGACUGGUCCGGAGGAGAGCUUAGCUGGUCAUGUACUGGUGUUUGCUGCUGAAAAGGCAAGAAAGGAGAAUCGCGUUGUCACGUUACAAGCAGACGGCACUUACAACUAACUAGAUUUCCUUGUAUAGAUACCUGUGUAAUAGAAAGGAACAAUAUAAAUGAUAAAAGUCUCUGCUUGGGAUUGAAUCAGUGAUACAAGACUUUCUAGUCGGAUGUCCUACCAAUGAGCUAAAGGAACUUCCCUGUAGCUGAAGCUAGUAAGACAUAGUUGACUGUUAUAUACAAUGUGUCAUUCAUACGGUACCGAUUCAUGUUAAAACAUUCCCUAUAAUUCAAAAUAUUUGACACAUAAAGCUGUCAUGAUGGAGAUGUGUGUUUAAUCAGAAUAGAAAGAUACUGAACAUUGAGCGUUUUUAUGCAGAAACGGGUAGAUUAUUUCAUGGUAAACGGUAGAAUAUCAAAUUAGACAAAAUAUCAAAAUAUUCAGGUGUCAGAUUGGACAGAUUUCAUCGAAGCUACACCAAGAAUGUAUAAUUUUCAUUUUAAAGUAUACACAUUCAUUUCUGUAUUAAUUCUAUAAUAAUAAUAUGUGCUAUUGUACUAUUUACGAAGUGCCAAGUGAGCUUAUGCCGUGGCGCGGCGUCCG